AUGUCGAGACUAUUCAGCCCACUUCGAAUCGGAGGAAAGACCCUCAAUCAGCGAAUUGCCAUGGCUCCAAUGACUCGUCUCCGUGCCGACCAGUCGCACCUCCCCUUGCCUUCUGUGAAAGAAUAUUACGAACAGCGUGCGAACGUACCAGGUUCCCUGAUUGUCACCGAGGCUACCGUUAUUAGCCCUCGACAUGGAGGAUAUCCCAAUGUGCCUGGGAUAUACAGUGACAGCCAAGUAACUGCCUGGAAAGAAGUAACAGAUGCCGUUCACCGCAAAGAGUCCUACAUUUAUCUCCAACUUUGGGCUUUGGGCCGUACUGCAAACCCUGCUUUCCUAAAGCAAGGAGGACAUCCGCUUCUCUCAGCCAGUGACAGCCCAAUGAAAAGUGCAUUCAGCGACGAGAUCCACCAGCCUCGCCCUAUGACCGAAAAGGAGAUCCAGGAUGCCAUUGACGACUUCCGAAAGGCGGCCAAUAAUGCGAUGAGGGCUGGAUUUGAUGGAGUGGAGAUCCACGGAGCCAAUGGCUACCUCGUGGAUCAGUUCCUUCAAGAUGUUUCCAAUAAAAGGAUGGACAAAUGGGGCGGAACCAUUGCUAAUCGAUCAAGACUCGCCGUUGAGGUUACCCGCGCCGUUGCCGCCGAAAUUGGCAACCAGCGCACUGCCAUUCGCCUGAGCCCGUGGAGCAGAUACCAAGGAAUGCGCAUGGAAGAUCCCAUCCCUCAAUUCUCGGAUGUUGUUCGACAACUAGCCCAGUUCAAAUUGGCUUAUCUUCAUGCCUGCGAGGGCGAUGCAAGGGAUAAUGAUCUGAAAUGGUUGCUGGAGGCCUAUGGUAACAGCAGUCCCGUUCUAGUCGCCGGUAACUACAAUGGAGACUCUGCGAAGACCGCUGUCGAUGAAAUAUACGCCAAUCACGAUGUGGUCGUUGCUUUUGGUCGCCCGUAUAUCGCAAACCCCGACCUCCCAUUCAAGAUCAAGCGUGGACUUCCCUUCGCGCAGUUCGAUGCGGCAACAAUGUACGGACAGGGAUCCCAGGGUUAUGUUGACUAUCCUUUCAGCGAAGAGUUCAACCAAGACCCCGGCCAAAGUCAAGAUUUAAGAGCCAAAGCAUCAUGUACCAUAGCAUAG